AUGGCCAGCGGCAGCUCCGGUUCCGGAAACCGGGGACCCAAUGGUUGGUACCAAGGAGAGGGUGCUUCAGAGAAGAAGGCCGAGACAAUGGAAGAGAAGAAAGACGGGACUGGAACCACUUAUGGUGGAGCCAGCCAAAGAAUAGAAGUUGAUAAGGCAAAGUACCGAGCAGAAGGCAGGUGCUUCAAGUGUGGAGAAAAGGGGCACAGAGCCCAAGACCAUAAAGAAGGAGGCAGCGCAGCUGCAAAACCAAAGUUCAACCUUCGAGCUAUGCCGGCUGUGACUUCUCGUCAGACCGAGCCAAAAGACAUUACAAAUGUAAAUAGAUAUGCCUCUCUCCCUGUUGAUGAUUUUGAUGCAUGUAAAACCGAUGAAAAUGAAACUGCAUUAUUUAAAGACGCACAAAAUCUGAAACAGAAAGAGCAAUCUAAAGAGGAGAGCCUGAGAGGGAAACGGGCUGAAAAGAUUCCCAAAACAGAAACAACUAAGAUACAAAAUGGAGCAACUCAAUUGGGUAGCGCUUCUGAUACUGAUACCUUGACACGUUCUGAAGAGGUCAGGCACACCUCUGAUAAAAGCCUAGAAGCGGCACGCAAGGUACCUAAAGGGGAUAGGACCAUGAAAAGCGCAGCAAAGAAGGAGACAACUGAAGUACAGAAUGCGGUGACUCAAUUGGGUAGCACCAAUGAUACUGAUACUACGACUGGCUCCAAAGUGUUACACACGAAGUGCUUAACAAAGUCUGAGGGUUCGUCGAGGUUUAUAAAGAGACUUAUCCAAAGACAAGUUCGAGAACGUAGUUCUGAGUAG